ACUCUUACAAACAACUAUUGCCGUAAUCCCAAUGGAAUGCCCCACCCUUGGUGCUACACAAACGACCCUAAAACAAGAUGGGAAUUCUGUGGUCUACCACUUUGUGCUCCUCCGACGUCAGAAAAUGCAGAAGAAUGUUUAUUGGAUCCAAGAGGAGAAACUUAUUUGGGAUUAAAGUCAACAACCAAGUCGGGCUUGACAUGUCAAGCGUGGUCGAUCCAGUCUCCCCACGCCCACGCCUUCAGUCGUCUCCUUGACAACCAGAAAAACUACUGCCGAAACCCAGAUGGAGAGCUAAAACCCUGGUGCUAUACGACCAACAAAACUAAACGUUUUGAACUUUGUGAAAUCCCAGAUUGUGCUGCAUGCAAUAUUUAUCAGGAAGAGGGACCAGACUGCAAGGUCGUUUAUAAAGUGUCAGGAAAUUGCUAUUACAAAUCGCACUAUAGAAAUGAAUGUAAAUACACAGUGCGGCUCAGUAAAAGCAAGGAAGGUCAAGGAGAGGCGACCAUUAAGUACGGAAAGGAAUCCUUUAAAAUCCUGAAAGAUCAACACCUUCUGAAAUGUGCGUAUUUUAAGAAUGUGGGUGAUUACCUGCUCAUCGAGGACAAGAUGGCAGACAAAUGCUGAAUUAAAAUAAAUAAUUAUAUGUUGUUCUACCUUUCUGAAAAAAAAAUAUCGUG